AUGUAUCACAUAUCCUGCAUUGAACCAGCUGUUGAAGAGAUUCCCCCAAAAAGUUGGUAUUGUGCUGCUUGCACUGCCUGUGGAAUUCGUUCACAUCGUGAAAAUUGUGUGGUGUGUGAGAGGAUGAAUAAGACUGUGGUUAAGGGUGUUGGUAAUGGAAGUUCUUGUACAAAUGAAGAGGCACUUGAACUGGGUGAUGAUUCAAACUGUGGUACAGGUGAAGAAAAAGCAUCAAAAAAGAGUGAAAGGAUAGAGCGCUGUAAAAUUUGUGACAGUGAGAUACGAGAAGAUGAUGAUGAUAUCAUUAUAUGUGAUGGCUGCGAUUGUGCGUACCAUAUCUAUUGUCUGAAACCAGAACUGACUAGUUUUCCAAAGGGACAGUGGUUUUGCAGAUCGUGUGCAGAUAAAUUUCACGCAAUAAGGACAGCAAAAAGGGCAUAUGAGAAUUCUGAAAACAAACAAAAAAAGAAACGCAGUGAAAGAAUAAUGACAUUUGAAAAUCAUGGAAAGUGGAAAAGUAAAGGAAUCAUGGGAUCAGAUAAAGGUGGAGGAAUGGAGAUGCUGUUAACUGUAGUCAAUACUCUUAACUAUGAAGAGGAUUUGGCUGGCAUUUAG